UUGUUUCAAAAAUCAAAGUACAAAAUGAGUGAAGAAAAUAAGGAUCAAAAUGAAGCCGAAAAUGGAUUAAUGGAUGACUCGAAUAAAGAGAAUGUAAAGAUCACAGGACUCGGCGCUACCGGUGCUAAGAAACCACUGUCGGGGCCGAAGAAACAAAUCAAAAAGUACUACAAUCCCAUGUGUGUCCUCAUCAUAAGUUGCAUUUAUGUAAAGUCGUGUCCAAACGCGCCGAGCAUUCCAGCGGUGCUCAUCGUAUACGGUCUGGUAGUGGUGUUGGGAUUUGUUUGGCAAAGACUUAAGGGUCGGAUCAAUCAGACCAAAGAUGUGAUGAAGAGAGUGGUAUUCAUUACAACAAAUCUCUUAUAUCUUCUCAAUAUAAUUAUUUUCAUUACGUGGAUUGUUGUGGUGUAUACGAGUGCCGCUCCGGACUUUGAUGAUGUCGACGCCCAAAACUAUUGCAACAGAAAUGUCUAUCUAUUGGCCCUGUAUUUGAUUAAUACAUAUCUGUUAACAAUAGCCGUAAGUCUAUUGCUAUUCUGUUGUUGUAUUAGUGGUCUGUUUUUGGUCGGUUGGUAUGUCAAGAAAGAUAACGAUCAAAAAUAA